AUGGCACCACCAAGACCACAAUCAUUUUUGGAGGAGUCUCUCAAAACUUUCAUGCAAUCAACUAGCCAAACCAUUCAAGAGAUAAAAAGUUCCACCCAUUUGAAUACUCAAGCUAUUUCGAAGUUGGAAAAUCAAGUUGGCCAGUUAGCAACCCAAGUUGGAGAGAGGGAAAAAGGAAAGUUUCCUAGUCAACCUAUACCUAACCCAAAGGGGCAGUAUGCAAUUAAUGGUUCUUCUAGUUCUACUCAUGCACAUGAAUCUGUUCAGUCUAUUACUACCAUUAGGUCUGGUAAGCAAGUUGAUAAUCAAGUGAAAAUGCCAGUGGAGGAUGAUGAAAAUAUUGUGUUAAAGGAAAAGGGAACUCAUAGUUCACAUGACGAUCAUAGAGAAAAGAAGGACAACCCACCCGCCACUCCAAUUCAGGAUCUUAAUUCCCCCCUUGAUAAGAGGUUUGUUCCUAAAGCUCCAUUUCCUCAAAGGUUAAUUAGUCCUCAGAAAAGUGCACAAUUUGGAGACAUUUUAGAGGUUUUUAAGCAAGUGCAAAUUAAUAUUCCAUUUCUUGAUGCAAUUCAGCAAGUUCCUGCUUAUGCUAAGUUUCUAAAAGAUCUUGUGACAAUGAAGAGAAAGACAAAUAUCCCUAAAAAGGCAUUUUUGACAGAGCAAGUUAGUUCAAUCAUUCAGAAUAAAUAUCCAGUGAAAUGUAAGGACCCUGGAUCUCCUACAAUUUUAUGCAAGAUUGGGGAUCGUCUCAUUGAGCGAGCUUUGCUAGAUUUGGGAGCAAGUGUGAACUUAUUGCCAUAUUCAGUAUACUUACAGCUAGGUUUGGGGGAGUUAAAACCAACAACCAUGACACUUCAAUUAGCUGAUAGGUCUGUGAAAAUCCCUAGAGGUAUUGUUGAGGAUGUGCUGAUUAAGGUGGAUGCGUUCUAUUUUCCUGUUGAUUUUGUUGUGUUAGACACUGAGCCUGCUCUAAAUGCCAGUACACAAAUCCAUGUCAUUUUGGGUCGCCCUUUCUUAGCCACAUCCAAUGCUUUGAUCAAUUGUCGAAGUGGUGUGAUGAAGAUUUCUUUUGGGAAUAUGACUGUUGAGCUUAAUAUUAACUAG